AUGUCCCACUCCGGUCGUGGACGAGAUCGCGGACGAGGAUCGGGACGCUCUGGGCCCAGUCGGGAAGUAACUGUAUCCAAAACAUUAAGUUACAUCUUACGACACGCAGCGGAGAAAGAAGGUGUCAAGAUCGAUAGUCAUGGGUAUGCGAAUGUGGCGGACGUGCUAGCAUGGAGGAAAUUAAAAUCCUUAAAGGUCACCCUCCCGGAAAUCCUAAGCGCCGUCUCAACUUCCGACAAGCAACGAUUUGGCCUCCUAUAUGAACCUCUUUCAAAUUCCCCUUCCGCCACUGCGACACCCACAGACUCCUCCGCUUCUACUGCAAGCAGAACCGCGACCGCCCUAGCCCUGACCGCCAAUGACCCUGAGCCCUCCCACUACCUCAUCCGCGCCACGCAAGGUCACAGCAUAAAAACCGUCGAAGCGUCCUCCCUACUCCAAAGGCUCUCCCUUACCGAUGGCACUAAUGCAGCCCCCUCCACCCCACCCCUCCCGGACACCGUAGUGCACGGCACCUACCACGGCGCCUGGCCUUCCAUUCUAGUUUCGGGGGGUCUAAAAUGCAUGAAUAGAAACCAUGUACAUUUCGCUACAGGCCCUCCGUUAUCCAGCGUAUUACCUGAGGGACGUGGGGGACAUGUUGUAACCAUGGCACCUGGUCGUGGUGGAGUGAUUUCUGGAAUGCGAGCUGAUGCGCAGAUAUUGAUAUACAUUGAUUUGAAGAAAGCGUUAGAGGCCGGGGUGCCGUUUUGGAGGAGUGAGAAUGGGGUUAUUUUGAGUGAGGGUUUGGAUAUGGAUGGGGAUGGGAGGAAAAUUGUCGGGCUUGAGUUUUUUGAUCUUGUUGUCGAAAGGAAGAAUGGUCUGGGUGUUUUGUGGGAUAGGGAAAUGGGAGGAUUGAUGAAGGAGACGCCGGAUUGGAUGAUGACGGCGAAAACUCCGAAGGGGGGAGCGGGCGGGGGAGGAAGAGGAAGAGGAAGUAAAAGCGGAGAGAGUGGCGAAGGCAGGGAAAAGGGGGAGGGAUAG